CCUUCAGCUUCUUCUUUUCCCUCUUUCUUCCCCUGCCCAGUCUUCCCCUCACUCCUUCUCCAGCGGGCAUCAGCUCUGCAAGUCGUGAGCGGUGGCACCGCGACCGCGGGUGCACCCAGUGUCUGCGCCCAGAUUUUAUUCAUCUGAUCCAAAAUAUCUUGUGACUGCUGGCUGGAAUUAAGAUUCUUCAGCUCAUUGUCUCUAACCGAGGAAGCAUUGAUUGGGAACUACUCAUUCAGAAAAUUAAAAGAAGGAAGCCAGAACAUACUAUCAACUCUUUGAGAACACAAUAUCACAAACUUAACUAUUUUACCACUUCAUUGAAUAGGAGAACUUACAGGGCUUUGAAGAAUGGCAGAUGAACGGAAAGAUGAAGCAAAGGCACCUCACUGGACCUCAGCUCAAUUAACAGAGGCGUCUGCACACCCACAUCCACCUGAGAUUAAGGAUCAAGGCGGGGCGGGGGAAGGACUUGUCCGAAGUGCCAACGGAUUCCCAUACAGGGAGGAUGAAGAGGGUGCCUUUGGAGAGCAUGGGUCACAGGGCACCUAUUCAAAUACCAAAGAGAAUGGGAUCAACGGAGAGCUGACCUCAGCUGAGAGAGAAACCGCAGAGGAGGUGUCUGCAAGGAUAGUUCAAGUAGUCACGGCUGAAGCUGUAGCAGUCCUGAAAGGUGAACAAGAAAAAGAAGCUCAACACAAAGACCAGCCCGCAGCUCUGCCUUUAGCAGCUGAAGAGACAGCUAAUCUGCCUCCUUCUCCACCCCCAUCGCCAGCCUCAGAACAGACUGUGGCAGUGGAGGAAGAAGAAGAAACACUAGAGGGUUGUAUGGCCGAGGAAGAGAAACCUGCCUCUCUUCCGGGGAAAGAAAGCGGGACUGCUAAGUCCUCAGACCAGCCCAAGGGCCUCAGUGAGGGCCAACUGGAGUCUAGUGCAGAGGCCCAGAUAGUUCCAGAAGAGAGCGCCCAGACAGGGGCCGUGCAUGAGAAAAGUAUAAAAGAGGUCAACGAGGUGUCUCCAGAAGUAAAAACCCCUUCCUCUGCCAGGGAAGAUUUACUUACAGCCUCGAAGAUGGAGUUCCGUGACCAGCAGGAAUUGACUUCCUCCACAGCGGAGCCUUUAGACAAGAAGGAAAAGGAGCCAGAGAAGCUAAGUGAGCCUGGUGAAGACCUUAAACAUGCUGCCUUAGUUUCUCAGCCAGAGACAGCUAAAACUUCACUCGAUAAAAAGGGCACACAAGACACAGAAGAAGAGGUAUCUCCUGCUCUGUUUGGGCACACUCUUGGUGCCAGUGUAGAAGACGUGAAACAGAAGACAGAACCAAGCCCAGCAGUGCCCGGCAUUGACCUCCCUGCGGAGGCUCCAGCUCCAAAGGAACAAAAGGACUGGUUCAUUGAAAUGCCGGUGGAAGCCAAAAAGGAUGAAUGGGGUUUAGCUGCUCCAAUAUCUCCUGGCCCCCUGACACCCAUGAGGGAAAAAGAUGUACUUGAUGAUAUCCCAAAAUGGGAAGGAAAACAAUUUGAUUCUCCUAUGCCAAGUCCCUUUCAAGGUGGAAGCUUCACUCUUCCUUUAGAUAUCAUGAAGAAUGAGAUAUUUACACAACCAUCACCUUUUGCCCCUGCCCUCUUACAGCCAGAUGACAAAAAAUCUCUUCAAGAAACCAGUGGCCCAGCUACUGCCAAAGAUAGUGCUAAAGUCGAAGAGCCCCCAAAGGAUAAAUCUGACACAAUGGCAGAAGCUCCAUUCCCAGAGGCAUUUACUUUACCCAAAGAUGCUCACAUUCCAGUUGUGGGAAAACAUGUUGUAGAGCAAGAUUUAGAGGAAGAAAAGGAGGCUAUAAAUCAAGAGAGUAUGUACAAAAAAGAGACUUCUGCCCCUAGUGAACCGGACACUACUCUUACUGAAAAGGAACCUCCACUAAAGCUAGAAGAAAAAGCAAUCAUUUCUGACAAAGAAGCUGUGCCAAAAGAAAAUGAACCCUCAAAACUAACAGAUCAAGAAACAGGUGUCCUUCAGGCCUCCACAGAGCACACUUUCUCGAAAGAAGAACUGAAAGGCAAAGAAUCUGCCACAGACAUGGUAAAACAGGACACAUGCCCUGUAAGUGUGGAACAAGAUUCACUGACGACCCCUAAGACAUUGGAGAAAGUGAUGGCUGAACCAGCUGCUGUAAGUGAAAAGAGUACAACCCAGGAACUUUUCAAAGAAACAGUUGCUGACCAAGACAGUAAGAGUGGGGCUGCAACAUCAUCUGAGCUCGACAUGCCAUUUUAUGAAGAUAAAUCAGGAAUGUCCAAGUACUUCGAAACAUCUGCCUUGAAAGAAGAAGUGACAGAAGGCAUUCAGCCAGGCAGUGAUUACUACGAACUGAGUGACACAAGAGAAAGUGCCCAGGAGUCUACUGAUACCAUAUCUCCCAUCCAUAAAAAUGGUGACAAGGAACUUGAAGCAGGAAAAGAACCCCAGCCCAGUGCUUCUGCACAAGAAGCUGGGUAUAGCACUCUUGCACAGAGUCAUCCAUCCGAUUUACCUGAAGAACCCAGUUCUCCUCAAGAAAGAAUGUUCACUAUUGAUCCAAAAGUGUAUGGGGAGAAACGGGACCUCCACAGUAAGAAUAAGGAUGACCUGACACUCAGCAGGAGUUUAGGACUUGGUGGCAGGUCUGCUAUAGAACAAAGAAGCAUGUCAAUCAAUUUGCCCAUGUCCUGCCUGGAUUCCAUAGCCCUCGGAUUUAACUUCGGUAGGGGGCAUGAUCUCUCUCCUCUGGCAUCCGAUAUUCUGACUAAUACUAGUGGAAGUAUGGAUGAAGGGGAUGAUUAUCUUCCGGCCACCACCCCUGCAGUGGAGAAAGCCCCUUGCUUCCCAGCAGAGAGCAAAGAAGAAGAACAGACAGAGGAAGAAAAAGCUACUGGUGAGCCAAAUACUCAAGUCGACACAUCGUGUGAGUCUCCUUUCCUAGCCAAAGAUUAUUACAAAAAUGGAACUGUCAUGGCCCCUGAUCUGCCUGAAAUGCUAGAUCUGGCGGGCACAAGGUCAAGAUUAGCUUCUGUGGGCGCAGAUGCUGAGGUUGCUAGGAAGAAAUCGAUUCCAUCAGAGACUGUGGUCGAGGAGAGUAGUACAGGCUUGCCCCCUGUAACUGAUGAAAACCAUGUUAUUGUGAAAACAGACAGUCAGCUGGAAGACCUGGGCUACUGUGUGUUCAAUAAAUACACCGUCCCACUCCCAUCACCUGUUCAAGACAGUGAGAAUUUAUCAGGAGAUAGUGGCUCCUUUUAUGAAGGCACUGAUGAUAAAGUUCGAAGAGAUCUCGCCACAGACCUUUCGUUGAUUGAAGUAAAGCUGGCAGCUGCUGGGAGAGUCAAAGAUGAGUUCAGUGCUGAGAAAGAAGCAUCCCCACAUAUACCUGGUGACAAAUCAGGCCUGGGAAGAGAGUUUGACCAGGAGAGGAAAGUUAAUGAUAAGCUGGAUACUGUACUAGAGAAGAGUGAAGAACAUGCUGAUUCAAAAGAGCAGGCCAAGGAAAUAGAAGAAGCUGUUGAUAAAGUUGAACCAUUUGGAUUAGAAUCGAAAGAUGCUGAGAAAGCAGAGAAAAGUCUUAGUUCAGUCCCAGAAGUGGGUGAGGUAGAACCACUCAAAAAAGCUGAACAAGGACUGGAUUUUGCUGCAAAGAAAGCUGACCAGGGGCCAUUAGAUGUUAAAAUCAGUGACUUUGGACAGAUGGCCUCAGGGCUAAAUGUAGAUGCUGGAAAAGCAACAGAACUCAAACUAGAGGCUACGCAAGACUUGACCCCCUCAUCCAAAGCACCUCAGGAGGCAGAUGUGUUUAUGGGGGUUGAGCCUGGCCAUGCGAAAGAAAGUGUCAAGGUUAGUGAGACAGAAGUCAAAGAGAAGGUAGCCAAGCCUGACUUGGUGCACCAGGAGGCUGUGGACAAAGAGGAGUCCUAUGAAUCCAGUGGCGAGCAUGAGAGCCUCACCAUGGAGUCCCUGAAACCUGACGAGGGCAAGAAGGAAACAUCCCCAGAAUCCUCUCUAAUCCAAGACGAGAUUGCCAUCAAAUUAUCAGUGGAAAUACCUUGCUCCUCUGCUGUUGCAGAGGCUGAUUUAGCCACAGAUGAGAAAGCUGAUGUCCAGAUGGAAUUUAUUCAGCUGCCUACAGAGGAAAGCAAAGAAACGCCAGAUAUAUCUGUCACGCCCUCGGAUGUUACAGAGCCAGUGCUUGAAGCAGUUGUGUCUGAACCAGCAGAGACUCAGAGUGAGGAAGAAGAGAUAGAAGCCCAAGGAGAAUACGAUAAACUGCUUUUCCGUUCAGACACCCUUCAGAUUACUGACCUGGGUAUCCCAGGUGUCAGGGAGGAAUUUGUGGAGACCUGCCCAGGUGAACACAAAGGAGUGAUUGAGUCUGUGGUGACCAUCGAGGAUGAUUUCAUCACUGUGGUGCAAACCACAACUGAUGAAGGGGAGUCAGGGUCCCACAGUGUGCGUUUUGCAGCCCUAGAGCAGCCCGAAGUGGAAAGGAGACCAUCCCCACAUGAAGAAGAAGAGCUUGAAGUAGAAGAGGCAGCAGAAGCCCAGGCAGAACCCAAGGAUGGCUCCCCAGAGGCUCCAGCUUCCCCCGAGAGAGAAGAGGUUGCACUCUCAGAAUAUAAGACAGAAACCUAUGAUGAUUACAAAGACGAGACCACCAUCGACGACUCCAUCUUAGAUGCCGACAGCCUCUGGGUGGACACUCAAGAUGAUGAUAGGAGCAUCAUGACAGAACAGUUAGAAACUAUUCCUAAAGAGGAGAAAGCUGAAAAGGAAGCUCGGAGAUCAUCUCUUGAGAAACAUAGAAAAGAAAAGCCUUUUAAAACCGGGAGAGGCAGAAUUUCCACUCCUGAAAGAAAAAUAGCUAAAAAGGAACCUAGCACAGUCUCCAGAGAUGAAGUGAGAAGGAAAAAAGCAGUUUAUAAGAAGGCUGAACUUGCUAAAAAAACAGAAGUUCAGGCCCACUCUCCCUCCAGGAAAUUCAUUUUAAAACCUGCUAUCAAAUAUACUAGACCAACUCAUCUCUCCUGUGUUAAGCGGAAAACGACAGCAGCAGGUGGUGAAUCAACUCAGGCUCCCAGUGUAUUUAAACAGGCAAAGGACAAAGUCUCUACUUCUACCUUGUCAAAGAUUCCUGCCUUACAGGGUAGCACAAAGUCCCCAAGAUACAACUCAGCCUGCCCUAGUACGACUAAAAGGGCUACAUUUUCUGACAGUUUUUUAAUACAGCCCACCUCAGCGGGCUCCACAGACCGUUUGCCAUACUCAGAAUCAGGGAACAAGGAUGGAGUAACCAAGAGUCCAGAAAAACGCUCUUCACUCCCGAGACCUUCCUCCAUUCUCCCUCCUCGCCGAGGUGUGUCAGGAGACAGAGAUGAGAAUUCCUUCUCUCUCAACAGUUCCAUCUCCUCUUCGGCAAGACGGACCACCAGGUCAGAGCCAAUUCGCAGAGCAGGAAAAAGUGGCACCUCAACACCCACAACUCCUGGAUCAACUGCCAUCACCCCUGGCACCCCACCAAGCUAUUCUUCACGCACACCAGGUACUCCUGGAACCCCUAGCUAUCCCAGGACCCCUCAUACACCAGGAACCCCCAAAUCUGCCAUCUUGGUGCCCAGUGAGAAGAAAGUAGCCAUCAUACGUACUCCUCCAAAGUCUCCUGCAACUCCCAAGCAACUUCGGCUUAUUAACCAACCACUGCCAGACCUGAAGAAUGUCAAAUCCAAAAUUGGAUCUACAGACAACAUCAAAUACCAGCCUAAAGGGGGACAGGUUAGGAUUUUAAACAAGAAGAUCGAUUUUAGCAAAGUUCAGUCCAGAUGUGGCUCCAAGGAUAACAUCAAACAUUCUGCUGGGGGCGGAAAUGUACAAAUUGUUACCAAGAAGAUAGACCUCAGCCAUGUGACAUCCAAAUGUGGCUCUCUGAAGAACAUCCGCCAUAGGCCAGGUGGUGGCCGUGUGAAAAUUGAAAGUGUAAAACUGGAUUUCAAAGAAAAGGCCCAAGCUAAAGUCGGUUCACUGGACAAUGCUCACCAUGUCCCCGGAGGCGGCAAUGUCAAGAUUGACAGCCAAAAGUUGAACUUCAGAGAGCAUGCGAAGGCCCGUGUGGACCAUGGGGCUGAGAUCAUUACACAGUCCCCAGGCAGAUCCAGUGUGGCAUCGCCCCGACGACUCAGCAACGUCUCCUCUUCUGGAAGUAUCAACCUUCUCGAAUCUCCUCAGCUUGCCACUUUGGCUGAGGAUGUCACUGCUGCACUCGCUAAGCAGGGCUUGUGAAUAUUUCUCAUUUAGCAUCGAAGUAAUAAUACUUAGGCAUGAGCUCUUGGCAGGAGUGGGCUCUGAGCAGGUGUUAUAUUCAUUCUUUACAAAUCAUAAAAUAAAUAAUCUCAUCCCCAAA